CAGGUAGCAGGGCGGACCACAAGCCGGCAGGCGCUGUGCCGCUGAGCUAAAUCCCCAGUCUCUCGCUUACCUUUUCUGUGGAUUAUUUUCCUCUUCUGCUCGUUGGCAGUGUGUAACCGCGGCCGUUGGUAAGUGAUACGGAAUCGUUUGCUCUAUUAUCACUCUUUCCUAACCCCAUUCCCAAACUCAGUGUGGAAGGUGCAGAAGACCUAGUAGUGACCCGACUUGCGGUGCAGGUCAAGGGACAAGAAGGAGGUUUAGUCGGUUUAAAGUUUCACGGCGGAGGGAUUAACGGGGGUGCGAGAGGCAGGUGCAGAGGGUGGAGCCUUCUGGAUGCCCGGGGAGAGGGGGAGGAUGGCGGCCCUGUAUAGGCUGCUCGAGUGUCUCCUCUGGCCGCCUCGCAAGGAAGAACAGGCCGAGGAGGAGGAGGAGGCGGGGCGUGGAGUCCCCGACGAGCCUCAGUCUCUCCUGGCUGCACCGCGAUGCACCCAGAGGCCACACGGGGGUGGCGCAGCCUCUGGGAGCCUGUGCUUCGGAGCCAGCGCCGCGCAGGGCUGGCGCGCGCGCAUGGAGGACGCGCACUGCGCUUGGCUCGCGUUACCCGGGCUGCCCCCGGGCUGGGCUUUCUUCGCCGUCCUCGAUGGCCACGGUGGGGCGCGAGCCGCCCACUUCGGCGCGCGCUAUCUGCCUGGCCACGUGCUCGAGGAGCUGGGCCCGGCGCCCUGCGAGCCCGAGGGCGUGCGUGGAGCGCUGCGCCGAGCCUUCCUGAACGCCGACGAGCGCCUGCGCGCGCUCUGGCCCCGUGGCGAACCCGGUGGCUCCACCGCGGUGGCGUUGCUGGUCUCCCCGAGCUUUCUGUAUCUGGCUCACUGCGGUGACUCCCGUGCGGUGCUGAGUCGCGCUGGAGCUGUGGCCUUCAGCACCGAGGACCACCGGCCUCUCCGGCGGCGGGAACGCGAGCGCAUCUACGACGCGGGCGGCACCAUCCGUCGCCGGCGCGUCGAAGGCUCUCUGGCCGUGUCGCGAGCUCUGGGCGACUUUGCCUACAAGCAGGCUCCAGGGAGGCCCCCUGAGCUGCAGCUGAUUUCCGCGGAGCCUGAGGUGGCUGCGCUAGCUCGCCAGGGUGAGGACGAGUUCAUCCUCCUGGCCUCUGACGGCGUGUGGGACGCGAUGUCUGCAGCUUCCCUGGCGGGACUGGUGGCAUCGCGCCUUCGUCUAGGCCUGGCCCCGGAGCUUCUCUGCGCACAGCUGUUGGACACGUGUCUGUGCAAGGUCCUGGGGCGGGGUGUAGGGUAGCUGAAGCUUGGAGCGGUAGAAAGGAAGGAUUCGUUUGUUUAGGGGGGGAAGGGCUGUGACAGAAAGGCAAGAGGGUGAGGCUCGACCCAGAGGCGUGGCUUUUAGGACUGGGCGGGGCAGAAUGUAGUGAGGGCGGAGCCUAGGGGAUGUUGACGACCAGAUGGGAAAAACGGUGCUACAUAGGCAGGUGGGAGGGAUUUAAGGGAAGGGGCGUGGUUUUGACAUGGGGGCGGUGUUACCACCUAGAGGCUGAGCUGAGGUAGUUAGGAGAGCCAGAAGACGUAAGAACAGCUAGCCCACAGAGUAGACAGGCCAGAUAAAAUGAGUAAUUCUGUUAACAAGGCAGGCCUACAAGAGGGAGAGGGUGUGGCUGAACAGAUUGCUGCAGGUGGGAGAGAGCUUGGUUUGUUUAUUUAUUGUCCAUACUCAGGAUUGAACUAAGAGUCUUGUAAUGAACUACAUCCCCAACGGGUCACUUCCCUCCCCCUUUUGCUGUUUUUAUUUUGGGCCAGGAUGUUCUUAAAUCGCUCAGUUGCGCAGGCUGGCUUCGAGCUUGCCGUCCUCCUGGAGCGCUGGUUUACAGACACGCGCCACCACAGCUGGCUGAUGGCUUGGUUCAGACUGGCAGAUGGGCAAGACUUGAGAGAGAUGGGCACAACCAGACUGCUGAGGGGACUUGGACAGCAGGGUUGUUGGGAAACUAUCCUCCCCAGGGCAUGGAACCCUAUGCUGGAGUCCCCACCCUCUCCCACCAGGCUCCCCUUUUUCCACUUUAUCCAGGGUAGCCUGGACAACAUGACCUGCAUUGUGGUCUGCUUCCCAGGGGCCCCCAGGCCCUGUGAGGAGGCUAUCAGGAGGGAGCUAGCGCUGGAUGCAGCCCUGGGCCGCAGAAUUGCUGUGCUGUGUGCCUCUGCUCAGGAGCCCCUCAGCCUAAACACAGUCUUCAAGACUCUGGCCUCUGAAGACAUUCCAGAUUUACCUCCUGGGGGAGGCCUGCACUACAGUGGGGGACUUGGGGGAGGAGGGGCAGGAGGAAGGUGUCCUCCUGAGGG